GCUAUCUCUGGGAGGAGACGACGGUCCUCGUGUUGUGCCCUCACAUCCUACGUCUACUUCGUUAUCUCCGCAGGACACAGUUUGACUACCAACACACGUUAUGCAACGAUCACGCUAUACAAUCGUCUGCUUGCUAGUCACAUUUUACGUUAGUGUUUGCAGUUGUAUUGUCAACCCCAAUACAACUGAGGGCGCCGUUUGGCCGCUGCCGCAAAGUGUUAGGAUAUCAGUUAACACUAGGACGGUCGGAAAAGGCUUUGAACUAAAGGUGACUGCAGAAACAUGUGACAUUAUUGAGGAAGCCAUCAAGAGGUACUCGGAAGUGAUCAGCCAAGCCAAGGAAGCUACACUCAGCACAGAAUGUGACUCUCCUCACAGCCUGCACCAGCUGCAAUUGGAACUGACCAGUCCGUGCCAGCAAUGGCCUGACGCCGACAUGAAGGAAAACUAUGAACUUCAUGUGAAUGCUGAGUCAGCUGUUCUGAAGAGUGGCUCUGUGUGGGGAAUCUUGAGAGGAUUGGAGACGUUUUCUCAAAUGUUAGUACCAUCCAAACAACAAGGCUGCUUGGUGGUAAAUCACACGGAUAUAUUGGACUAUCCCCGAUUUAGUCACCGAGGACUGUUGCUGGACACUUCACGACAUUAUCUGCCUGUCAGUGUGAUACUCAAUAUCCUCUCUGGCAUGGAGAUGAACAAAAUGAAUGUAUUCCACUGGCACAUUGUUGAUGAUCAGAGUUUCCCUUAUCAGAGUACCACAUUCCCUAACCUAAGUGAUAAUGGUGCAUAUGAUUCCAAGAAGGCAAUUUACUCACAAGAAGUGAUUAAGAAAAUAAUAUCUUUUGCUAGAAUGCGAGGAAUCAGAGUUCUUCCUGAGUUUGAUUCCCCAGGUCACACACAAUCAUGGGGGAAAGGAACAAGCAAGCUUUUAACAGCAUGUUAUGUUAAUGGAUCAUUUGACGGUAAUUUUGGACCAGUUGAUCCCAGCAGACAAGAAAACUAUAAAUUUAUGGCAUCUUUACUUACAGAAGUAAAAAACGUUUUCCCAUCCAGAUAUAUCCACAUAGGAGGAGACGAAGUCGAUUAUACCUGCUGGAAAUCAAAUCCCGCUGUUCAGAAAUUUAUGAAGGAAAAAAAUCUUACCACCUAUGAAGAGCUGGAAGGUUACUAUAUCAAGGAAAUAAUUAAUAUUCUAGACCAAAUUGGAAUCAAUGGCAUCGUCUGGCAAGAAGUGUUUGUUCAUAAUGCCAAUCUGUCUAAGAACACAUUAGUCCACAUAUGGAAUGGCAAUAGGACCGAAUUACUUCAAGCGGUGACAGACAAUGGUCUGCAAGCCCUGCUAUCCCAGGGUUGGUAUCUGGACCAUAUCAAUGAUCAAUGGCAAACCUUCUAUCAAGUGGACCCAACAGACUUCAAUGGAACUCAGCAUCAAAAAGAACUUGUGGUAGGGGGUGAGGCCUGCAUGUGGGGAGAGAUGGUGGACGAAACCAACAUUGUUCCUAGGAUUUGGCCCCGAGCAAGCGCAGUGGCCGAGCGUCUCUGGUCCUCAGAAAAGAUCAAUAACAUCGAGAUUGCAGCUCCAAGACUCAAUGAACACGUUUGUCGUAUGAAGAGGAGAGGAGUCGGAGCCCAGCCUGCCAAUGGACCUGGGUAUUGUUCUUAUUGAAACGGAUGUUGGAAGUAAUUAGAUUAAAUAUAUUUCUUUAA